AUUGUGCUUACCUAAACAUUUUGUAAAAGAACUUUGGUAAAUUUAAUGUUCUCUAUUACGACGCAUUGCUAAUGGCAUUUAUUGACAAGUAUUUUUUGUAGGAAAACGGAUAACCAACAAAAAAAUCUAGAGGAGAACACUAAAACAUGGCAGAAGAAAAGCGAAUAGUAACAGAUGAGCGCAGGUAUGCCAUCAUGAGCAGGGAAUCCAUCAAGCUGAUGGCUGACGCUGCCGGUCACGAGGAAACCAGUGACUCAGUGGCUGGAAUUCUGGGAGAGGAUGUUAGCUACAGGCUCAGGGAAAUCACACAGAAAAGUGCACAGUUUAUGAGGCAUGCAAGGCGAAAACGAAUGAACACUGACGACUUCAACAAGGCUUGUGGGUUCAGUGAUAUACAGCCUGUGCUAGGACACGGAUCACAGGAGGCGGUACACAGCUUUCAGGCAGUUAAGGUAGAGCAAGGGGAACCGAUCCACUUUGCUCUUGACCCCACUCUCAACCUGGCAACAGAGGCAUCCAGUACUUUUAUACCCAAACACAGCGGGGAAACAACUAUAAAAGCUCAUUGGCUGGUUGUAGAAGGGGUCCAGAAAUCCACACAGAAUCCGCAAGGAACUCCAGGCAAUAAGGUGGAGCCGGGAGGUCCCCUGAUGAAAUACUUUGACAAGAUCACACAGGCAGUGCUGGGAAAUGAUGAGGAAAUGAUGAAGACUGCCUUGUCAGACUUGAGAACGAACGGGAAUAUCUCGCCACUUCUGCCUCAUUUUGUCAGCUUUAUUAGCAAUGGGGUAAAGACUCUCGGAGAUGAUGUCUGUAAGCUGACCAGGCUGUUAUCCAUGGUGCAGAGUCUUGUGUACAAUAGCUCACUCUUCCUGGAGGCACAGCCUUUUUUGGCGGUGAUGAGCCAGAGUGUCCAGUACUGCUUGUUGGACCCGCUUGUUAGUAGUGGACAGUCCUGCCCCACGGAUGACCACUGGGUAUUGAGGGACUAUGCCGCCAGGGUGCUCGCUCAUAUUGUCGGGAUCUGGGGCAACAGUGUUAACCACCUAGAGCGUUACACAGAGAAGACUCUACGAGAGGCUCUACAUGACCUGUCACGACCUUUUGCCUGCCACUAUGGGGCUGUUAUGGGGCUCAUGUACUUGGGGACUGAGAGUGUGGAGCGAGUGUUGGUCCCCCACCUGCAUGUGUACAUGCCUCAUCUGUUGGCCGCCCUCGAGUUCCAGGGUCUGGAGUUUGUCCAGCUGCAGACUAACGCUUGGAGUGUGCAUGGAGCUAUACUGCUUUGUGUGGAGCAUGUUUUACAAAAGUAUAUCAAACAGUUUCGGGAAGAAAACAUCACCGAUGCCACAAAUAACGGCGAGGCAAAAAAAGUGUUUAAGACCAUUUCUGAUUACGACACCAAAUUCUCAAAACGACCUUCAUUCAAUGGAUUCCUGUCAGCUUUCCACAAGUCACCUGUGUCGUUCUACUUUGAAAUGUUUGAAUACUUCGGAGAUGCCUUAACGUUGAGGCUACCUGAAAUAGCCGAACUGAAGUCUCAUGUGUUUAAGCCAAAAGAGCGUGACUUGGUGACGUCAAUUUCGGAUCCGACUGCGGAUAAAUCGGGGGAAGAACUCCUCAGUGAGUUGGAAGAGGAAGUCAAGCGUGAGGAGCUUAUGAAGAAAAAACAGGUUAAGACGGAGACCGUCCACCUUCUCGACCGACAUCAAAGAGAUCGAGAGCGACGUGCAGCAGGUGUUCGACAACAGCUCAAACAAAGAGCUGCACAGCAACAAAAACUGGAUAAGUUCACACCAGCCAGCGACACAGACAUCGAGGUUAUAGAUGUCGAGGGUGUGGAUAAGUUGGAUUUCAGAGGCAGAUCAUCUCUGGCAAUCUCGAGUGCUUGUGAUGCCCCAGGGCAGGGGAUAAAAAUGACUUUUGCCAAACGAGCUAAGUUUACUCCAGAUAGUGCUUUUAGUGAGUCGUUAUACUUUACAGAAAUAAAAGAGAGGGACAGAAAUGAGGAAAACCCGGGUCGAAAACGGAAACAUAAUUCACCGAGCCCGGAUGUGGAUUUUUCACAGUUUCUUGGUGGAGGUAUUUAUCCUUCAUCAAGCUUUGAUAGUGUAAAACAAAGGAGAAGAGAUCCAUCAUUUGAAUGAAUUUUGUCUUUUACAUUUUUAUAAUAAAAUAUCAGCAAUAUCUGUU